GGCGGAAGUGUUUUCAUACUCAACGGGAUGAUAUGUUUGAUCUGGUUUGGAUAUAACUCUUGCUCAUGACGAAAUCUUUCGCGUUGUGGGAUAAAAACCCGUUGUGUUUAUAGUUCUGAAACCAUGAGAAGAUGAAGCGAUAUGGAGAUGCUACAGCUGUGCAUUACAAGCUAACAGAUGCUAACGUCAACCGCUAGCUGCAACUGUUAUAAGGAAAACAAUGACAGUCACGGGGGGAAAAAUGCUUAAUAGAGGAGAAAGGUGUAAUACAAGUGUAAAAUGUGCAUGGGGUCAGUGAGGAUGGUCACUGCUGGCUGAGGUUCACCCACUGACCCAGCAGGUAGGAUCCAGGUUGAAAAGACGCAGCAGCCAUGAAAGGAGAGGGCAGGGCAGAGUGCAGAGGUGAGGCUCUGUUUGAGGACCUGGACUUCCCUUCUGACGACACGUCCCUAUUCUCUGACAGCUCCACACCCAUCGCCAGGCUGCAGGGAAACAUUACUUGGCGGCGCCCGCAGGAGAUCUGCCAGUCACCAGUUCUCUUCCCUGACAACAUCACCUUGGGUCAUGCUAAACAAGGCUUAUUAGGAGACUGCUGGUUUCUCUGUGCCUGCACCAUCCUGCUCAAGAACAAACAUCUACUGAACAAGGUAUUGCCCCCAGACCAGCCCCAGUGGGGUGACAGCAGGUACAGGGGCUUCUUCCAGUUUCGUUUCUGGCAGCAGGGACACUGGACAGAGGUGACCAUCGAUGACUGCCUGCCCUGUAUUAAUUCCUCUCUCUGCUUCUCAUGCUGCCACUCCCCCACUGCCUUUUGGGUAGCUCUAUUGGAGAAGGCCUACGCCAAGUUUCAUGGCUCAUAUGAGCGACUGUGGGCGGGGCAGGUGUCUGAGGCCCUGGUGGAUUUGACCGGUGGCCUAGCAGAACACUGGAGCUUAGGGGACUUGGGGUCAGAGGAGGAGCAGAGACCAGAACAGGACAGCGACCAGGUCAGGAGGAGAAGGCUGGACCUGAACCUUCUGUACCCUGUGAAGCAGGAGUGUGCGUUGAGCUGCUCCACUCACAGCAGCCCUGGAGGUGCCAGUGAGCUGGGUCAAUACCAUGCUCUGACUGUCAUGGAGUGGUUGGAUGUGAAGACGCUGUCAGGGAGCGAAGUACGGCUGCUCAGGAUCAGAAACCCCUGGGGAAGAUGCUGCUGGGGAGGGGCCUGGAUAGAGAGUGGUGCAGGUUGGAGCUCUAUCGAACCUGUUUGUGCUUCAGAUCUACAAGCCAGGGCUGCCGAGGGCGAGUUCUGGUUGGAUGAGGCCGAAUUCAUGUCGCAGUUUGAUGAUGUCACAGUGGGAUACCCCAUCAGUGAGGACGGACACCUAAAGAGCAUCUAUACUGGAAGUCUGCUCAAACACAGCCAUCAGCUGGCUGGCCGGUGGAUAAAAGGGCACUCAGCUGGGGGUAGUCGGAACAGCAGCAGCUAUGGUACCAACCCCAAAUUUUGGCUGAAAGUGAGUGAGAGAGGAGAGGUUCUGGUGUCCCUGCUGCAGCAUAGGAAGUGGAGAAACACAGAGAAAUACGCACAAACGCCGCUCGAGGACAACAAGAACACAAAGCACCAGCACUACCAGGCUACUGCUCUACACAUGUGGAAGGUGGAGAAGAAGCGUUUUAAUCUGAGCCGGAUGUUGAACAAACCUCCAUGUGCUUCUACCCACUGCCACGCCUACGAGAGAGAGGUGGUCCUCCACAGGCAGCUGGAGCCCGGAUACUACCUGCUGAUCCCCAGCACCUACCAGCCAGACGCUGAGGUCCGCUUUCUCAUCAGGGUCUUUUCCUCCUCUUCCAUAUCCCUUAGUGCCCUGAAAAGCCCAGCACCUUCACUGCCAUUAACAACAGAUGGUGAGUGGGAGACCAGUUACUUCCGGGGCUCGUGGGUAGAGGGAAGGACGGCCGGAGGAAGCAGGAACUUCCUGUCUCACUGGCAGAACCCCUGCUUCCCUUUUACAGUGUGUGACCACCCAGCAGUGACAUCAGGAGUUAAUGUCAGGAUUACCCUGCAGCAGAACCGCCCUGACACUGAUCUGCACCCUGUUGGCUUUCACAUUUACAAGGUCCCAGAAGGAGCAUCUGUGCAGACGAUCCCCAGGGACGAGGAUCCUGUGGCCAGUUGCGUCCCCCACUGUUACAUGCAGGAUGUCAGUCUGGCCUGCAGUCUUCCUCCUGGAGCUUACACCAUAUUACCGUCCACUUAUGAACCCGACUGCUCAGCAAACUUCACCCUUAGCCUGGCUCGCAGAAUACACAGGAAGGUGGUGAAAAGUCAGGAGAAGCUGGGGAGAGCCAUUCAGGAGGUCUCUCACAUCUCUGUGAUGCAAAGCUAGUUCUCUGGGACUGUUGCUGCUCCACUGACGUCGGCUCACCUCCCUGUGCCUCUUGGCCCACGAUGAAAGAACCAGCUCUCCCAUACACCCUCACCGUACAGGCUGUGUAUGUGUGUGUGUGUGUGUGUGUGUGUGUGUGUGUGUG